CUCCCUCCUGCAUCUUUUCUCCAUGUCCCAAGCCGCUCGGGUACUAGUUGGCUGCCUUCCCGUUCACAAGUCUAUACACCCAUCUCAACUAAGAUCUCGUAUUUUGCCGCGAUCUCCGCUCUGCACCCUCAGCAUAGUGUACGCUGACAAGAUAAUCGCCGACAAGAUGUCAGACAUCUUGUUGGAAAAAGCCCUACGAGAGGCGAAGACGGACCUAAUCGCAAAAUCAAGACCCUUGACGCUUGCCGCCCCUGCACAGUCCAGGUCAUCAGAAACAACUACCUCCGAAAUCAGCGCAUCUACGAUCCCUGGAUCGAUCACACUGGAAGCUCAGACGUUUGAUGAACUCUCACCGACUGAAUUCAUAAGAGCUAAACUAGAAAGCUUGACUAGCGGUCAAGACAUGUGGGUCGCAUCAGCCAAUAACAAGUCAACACCUAUGUCGAAGCUGUUUGUUGCGCUAGAGCAGGACAACGCCGGAUCGGGUCACUUUUCGCUCCGUUUCAAAACAAGAUCCAAUGCUGAGGAUACCGACAACACCGCCCUUCCCGGCAAGAUACCAGCUACGGUAGAUUUGCGGGGGGUUCUGCCGCAGGUGUCUAAGCGACUAGCCACCGUCCCUACCGAUCAACCGGCUACAGACAAGGUUAUUUGGCUGCUGCGUUUCGAGCGCUCUCCACUCGGCGAUGAAGAUAUCUAUCUAACGAGUACGGCAGCGGAACUUGAUGUGUGGGCGCUUGUCCUCAACUACUUGGACAGUGGCAGACCUUUUGGUGUGUGAUUGUCGUGUCUUGAUGUCGACCAAGACACCGUUACCUUGGAAGCUGAGAUGGGUUCCCUGAAUUUGCACAUGUAUUGUAACAUAGGAAGCCUGCGCAACUUGCACAGAGCUUUGCCGGGUGUCGGUCGGAACGCUGCAUGAAUUGUAUGGGUCUUGAUAUUUACGUACCAAGCCAUAACUGACUAGACCACUCUG